ACUCCUUUAACUAUCAAAAAAUAAAAUAAAAAGAAAAACCCCCUUUCUUGUUUCGUACAUCUCUUUUCCCUCUUACAACCCCCUUUCACCUGAGAACAAGAAUAAUCAUCAAAUUCUUAUAAUAUAUCAAUAUAUUUAAACAACCAGAACACGCUCUUAUUAUUAUUAUUUUAUUAUUUUUUAAUAUUGAAUGUGUAUCGAUAUACAAAAGUAUAUAAUAUAAAUAUUUAAAUAUAUUUAUUUAUUUAUUUUAUUAUACAAGCAUUUUGUUCGCCUACGUCUACGCACACACUCAAACACGUACUCGCACACCCAUACAGAAAGAAUAUCAAAUGACUAGAUCUAAAUCAACCUGCAGAAAGAAGCUCCAUUCAGCACUUUCUAAUCAAUCUUUACAUCAUCUAAUGGACCCUGAUCUCGAUUACCCUGAAACCAUUAGACACAAACCAUAUUCGUUUUUAGCAAGAAAAUCCAAGAAUGUUUCACAACGGGCUACCGACCAUUUGUUUUACCAGAGUCCAAAAAACCCACUUGCAACAACAGAUAUGGAGUACCUCUUUAACUAUGCAAAUUUUCAACUCCUCCCAGAAGAAAGCAAAAUCGAACUCGUCCAACUUUUGCCAAGCGUAGACAUAUCAGAUCAACCGGAUAUCAUGGAUAUCAAUCCCUCGUUUUUCACGAGAACAGGAAAUCCUGUUUUCUGGAGUGUACUUGACGAAUGGCAGGCGAUAAUUGGAACUGAAAACAAACGGGAGAAUAUCAAUCCCAUCGAAGGACCGACCAUAGGAGUCGGAAGUGAAGUUGCGUUAGGAGGAUCUGAAGUGGUAGUAGGAGCGAGUGGAGUGACUGUAGGUGGAGUAAGAGUAGGAGGAGGAGUAGCUCCAGAGUACAAGGAAGAGGUAUUUGAGCAACAAUGGACUGAAAUCCAAGAGAAAGACAAGCCUAUCAAUGUCGCAGGGGAUUCAAAGGCAAUCACUUUAAAAGACAUGUGUCGCAAAGGUCUGAUUCGCAAAAAUGAUAAACUCAUUUAUAAGCGCAAUUUCAGUGCUUGUAAGGUGAUUGUCUCAAAAUCAAUGAAGGUUGUAGAGGCAACAGGCGACACAGGCAUAUCGAUCGAAUUGGACGGCCAACACUUUAAAGAUUUUGAAACCCCUACAGCAUUAGAGACAAAAAUCCUCGAUGAAAAUGGUGAGGUGUCCAAAGACAGGCGGCCAAAUGGAAACGCAUUCAAGAGCAUCCGACUCUUUAGAGACGGCAAUGACCUGGGUCGUUUGUUUGAUAUCCGUAAGGAUGGUUUUGGUGAUUCAGCUUAAUGUAAGAAAGCAAAUCAAAAAGCAAACCAGACAAACAUACACAAAAGCUUCUAUUUCAUUCCAUUUUAUCUCAUUUCAUUUCCAAAUGUUCAAUUUUAUUCAAUUCAAUUAUGCCUAUUCUUGAUUGUAAUUAACAAAGCAGCAGCCUAUUAUUAUUUUAGGCUGAAGAAAUCUAUUCAUUUUUCUCUCUUUAUAUUUUAUUUAUAUAUAUAUAUAUAUUACAUUAUCAUACUCUUUUACCUUUAAUAGAGAAAAUAAAAACCAAAUCUCACUCACUAAUUCACUAACUUU